GAUCGUAUAAUCAAUCCCUCUCAAGCGUUUGCGAAUCCAUUAAAAUUUGCAACGGUUGCGGGCGAUUGAUUAAUUCAAAAUCGCGACACGAUUGCGACGUAAUUUAUUGUAAAACGUGCCGUUCGUUACGGUCUUCGAAUCAUUUGUGUUACAUGCGGCCUCUUUGUCGUAAAGCCACAGUAGAAAACCCUGGAGAGGGUACAAGUACUAUGGCGUUGCGAGAAGAAAAUCCGCAAACAAAUACGAAUGACGCCGAAGACGCGGACGAGCGUGUUAAAAAAGAUCGCGUCGCAUUCGUGUUUUAUGAUUUCGAAACGCGGCAAGACGAAACGCUCGAAGGAACGGAGAACGUAAGAAUUCACGUUCCAACUCUCUGCGUCGCGCAACAAAUUUGCGAAGCGUGCGCGGAAAUAGAGACCAUGUCUUUGCGAUGUCGUUGGUGUGGAGUGCGCGAAUUCGUAUUUAGUAGAGACCCCGUAAAAGAGUUUGUCGAUUUCGCGACGCGCUCAUCUAAAUAUUUUAAAAAAUUUAUCUGCAUCGCGCAUAAUGCUAAAGCAUUUGACGCUCAAUUUAUUUUAAAGUACAUCGUUGAAAAGUCGGGAAUAACGGAAGAACCUCGGGUGAUUUUGAACGGGACGAAAAUUAUCGUUAUGACGAUUGGACGUACAAAAUUUAUCGAUAGCUCUAAUUAUAUACCUAUGCGAUUAUCGGAGUUACCCAAGGCUUUCGGGCUGCAGGAUACACUGGGCAAAGGUUUUUUUCCUCAUUUGUUUAAUACGUCGAACAAUCAAAAUUAUAUUGGUCCAAUACCCGAUGCACGGUAUUAUUCGCCCGAGCAAAUGAAACCCGAGGAACACGAGCGUUUUAUGGUUUGGCACGAGGAAAUGUCGCGUUCGAAUUUCGAUUUUAAUUUUAAACAAGAAAUAAUAAAAUAUUGUCGGAAUGACGUAGAUAUCCUUCGACGCGCGUGCAUGGCGUUCAGAAGAAUCUUUUUAGAACGCGGAGACGUGUGUCCGUUCGCAGAAUGCACGACUAUCGCUUCAACGUGUAUGAAAGUUUUUCGUAAAAACUUUUUACGCGAGGAAGAAAUAGGAAUCAUUCCACCGGGCGGAUAUAGAUAUAAAGAUAAUCACUCGCACAAAGCCCUGCAGUGGCUAGUGUGGAUGGAGCGCGAGCUCGGGCAUCCUAUAAUCCAUGCAGGGCGAGGCCGCGAGUAUCGAAUUGCCGGUACGCCCGUCGAUGGAUAUUACGAAGUCGAAUCGGAGAACGAGACGUCGCGUUACGUGUUACAAUUUCACGGAUGUUUUUGGCACGGUUGUCCCAGCUGUUAUCAAAUCAAUCGCGAAAGAAAACUUACGUCCGGGAUGUCGCGCGAAGAUACAAUCGACGCACGAUACGAACGAACUCUCGCAAUGACAUGGCGUCUUCGACAACGAGGAUAUAGGGUGAUAGAGAAAUGGGAGUGUGAAUUUUCAUGAGAAAAGCGCGAAAAUCACGAAAUGCGCGCUUUUCUCGAAAAUCAUCCGAUAUUGAUCAACCAUCCUUUCGAUCCUCGCGAGGCGUUCUUUGGCGGUCGCACGGAAAAUAUCGUAACUCGAUACGAAGUUACAGGUACGGAGAAAAUACGCUACGUGGACGUGUGUUCUCUGUAUCCGUACGUAUUAAAAACAGGUACUUUUCCGUUAGGCCAGCCAACGAUUUAUAUCGGAGAACAGUGUUCGGAGCUGAUAGGCGCAGCUCCGAAUUUUAAUUUCGAUUGUGUCGAGGGUAUCAUUCGGUGCACAGUACUUCCUCCACGCGAUCUUUUUCACCCUGUACUCCCGUACCGCGUACAAGGCAAAUUGUUGUUCGGGCUGUGCCGCAGUUGCUGCGAAACGUUCUCGCAGGCCGAGUGCACUCACGAUCUCCCCGCCGAUCGUGAAUUCGUAGGAGCGUGGGUAUCCUGCGAAUUGCGCAAAGCUCUCGAGAAAGGUUAUCUCGUAACGAACGUGAGCGAAAUAUGGCAGUUUAGAGUCACGCGGUUCGAUCCUCGUACGAGGCAGGGUGGUUUGAUUGCCGAAUAUAUCAAUAGUUUUUUUAAAUUAAAGCAGGAAGCUUGCGGAUGGCUGAGCGAAUGCCUGGAUGACGAGAGUAAGGAACAGUACCUUCGGGAAUAUGAAAAAACCGAAGGUAUUGUUCUCGAUAAAAAUAAUAUCGCCCGAAAUCCUGGUUUACGUUCGGUCGCAAAGCUCUGCCUGAAUUCUUUCUGGGGUAAAUUCGGCCAACGAACCAAUCCGCCUAAGACAGAGAUCGUAAAAAAAUACGAUCGUUUGGCGGCGUUGCUCACGAGUUCAGAGCACGAAAUAACCAAUAUAUUACCUGUCAACGACGAGGUAAUAUAUGUUUCGUGGCGACUACGCGAAGAGACGGUCGCUCCUUCCGCGCAAACCAACCCGGUGAUCGCGGCUUGGACGACGGCACAAGCGCGACUAACAUUAUAUAAAUAUUUAGAGAAGUUAGGUAGUCGCGUUUUGUAUUGCGAUACAGACUCGUGUAUCUAUGUAAACAGAGGCGAACAGAGCGAGUACGAGCCGCGUACGGGAAAUUUUCUGGGCGAUAUGACGGACGAGCUCGAGAGCUACGGUCGGGGCAGUUUUAUCGAGUCGUUCGUGUCCGGAGGCCCGAAAUUCUACGCAAGAGAAUAA